GAGAGAAAAUCGCGUAAUGUCUCUCUUCUUGUUCUCCGUUUAGUGAACUCGCGGUGUUUCCCCAGAUAAUGUCCGAGAAUGUCCAUUUCUGGGACUUUGAGCAACUAUUACGUGGACUCCAUCAUAAGUCACGAGAGCGAUGAACUCCCCACCCCGGCUCGCUUCCCCGGCGUGCAGUACUCCGGCUCGAGCUCCGCCGCGGCCGCGAGCGGGAGGCAGCCCGGUGGAGCGGCGCACGCGGAGCAUCCCCAUCCCGACUCGUACCCGUCGUGCAGCUUCCAGCCGAAGCCCCCGGUCUUCUCGUCGUCCUGGAGCCCAUUCAGCCCGCACCACGGCGCCAGCGGCCUCCCUGCCGUCUACCACCCGUACAUCCCGGCCCAGCACGUGCCCGCCGCGGACACACGGUACCUACGCUCGUGGCUGGACUGCGCGCCGCGCGGCUCCGAGUCCGUGCCGGGGCAGCAGGGCCAGACGGGGCAGGUCAAGCUUGAGCCUCAGCUCGGACACCUCGGCGGGGAGCUCGUACCCAAAAUCGGAGGACUGCACCAGCACGAGACCACCACGUACAUCCUGGAGUCGGCGUCCACGGCGGCGCGCGAGCUGAGCCACCCGGCCGCCAUCCCGAGAGCAGGGUUCGAGGAGAAUAAGGACAUUUGCGAAGGGAGCGAGGACAAAGACGGCCCGGAUCAAAGCGACCCGUCGGCCAACUGGCUGCACGCGCGCUCCUCCAGGAAGAAGCGUUGCCCGUACACCAAAUACCAGACGCUCGAGCUGGAGAAGGAGUUCCUGUUCAACAUGUACCUCACGCGGGACCGGCGGCAUGAGGUGGCGCGCGCCCUCAACCUGACGGAGCGGCAGGUGAAGAUCUGGUUCCAGAACCGGAGGAUGAAGAUGAAGAAACAGAGCAAGGACCAACCCAAGGACUAG